CGGCCUCCCAACACGCCCGUCGCCCCUCCCUCCCUCCCUGCAGCCGCCGGCCGCGCCGCGCCGCUAUAAACGCGGACGGAGCGCGCGCCGGCAGCCCGGAGCGCGAGGGAAGGGGAACGAGCGGCCGAGAUGAAGCACCAAACUUUGUCAGCGUUGGCUUUCACCUUGAUGGCGACGAUCUGCGUCGCCAAAUCUCCUUAUCAGUCGGUCCUGCAGCACAGCAGAAUAAGAGGCAGGCAACAGGGACCCAACGUUUGCGCCAUGCAGAUGAUCCGGGGGACGAAUAAGAAGUACUUCACCAACUGCAAGCAGUGGUACCACCGCAAAGUCUGCGGCAAGCCGACGACCAUCGCUUAUGAGUGUUGUCCUGGUUAUGAGAAGAUUCCCGGAGAGAAGGGCUGUCCCGCUGCCCUGCCGUUGGUGAACAUCUUCAACACGCUUGGUGUGGUUGGAGCGACCACCACCCAGAUGUAUACAGACAGAGCCAAGCUGAGGGAGGAGGUCGAGGGACCGGGCAGCUUCACUUUCUUCGCCCCCAGCAAUGAGGCAUGGGCCGCCCUGCCCAUGGAGAUCCUGGAUGCUCUGGUGAGCAACGUGAACAUCGAGCUCCUCAACGCGCUCCACUACCACAUGGUGAACCGCCGACUGACCUCAGAGGAACUCAGACACGGCUCCUCCUUCACCUCCAUGUACCAGGACUUUGAUGUCCACAUACAUCACUACCCCAGCGGGAUUGUGACGGUGAACUGUGCGCGUCUGAUCAAGACGGACCAACAUGCCACUAACGGCAUUGUGCACGUGGUGGAUCGCGUCAUCACCGCCAUCUCAAACAACGUGCACUCCUUCCUCGACACUGACGAAGAUCUGGAGACCUUGCGUACGGCCAUCGCUGCUGCGGGUCUGACCACCAUGUUGGAGAGUGACGGCCAGUACACCGUCUUUGCUCCGACCAAUGAGGCCUUUGAGAAAAUCCCUCCAGAGACCCUGAACCGGAUCCUGGGAGACCCUGUGGCUCUCAAAGACCUGUUGAACUACCACAUCCUGAAGCACAUGCAGUGUGCCGAGUCGGUGGUGUCCGGCAUGCCCUUGGAGACGCUGCAGGGCACCGUGCUGGAGGUGGGCUGCGAAGGCGAUGAGAUGACGCUGAACGGAAAGGCCAUCAUCACCAAGAAAGACCAGCUGGGCACCAACGGAGUCGUCCAUUACAUCAACGAGCUGCUCAUCCCAGACUCAGCCAAGACCCUGAUUGAGCUUGCCGAGGGCUCUUCUGUUAAGACGGCUGUCAAGAUGUUUGUUGAUGCCGGUUUGAGCUCCCAUCUGUCUGGCUCGGAGGCCCUGACCCUGCUGGCCCCCCAGGAUGAGGCCUUCAAAGGCAGCCUAUCAAUGACCGCUGAGAUGAGGAAGACCUUGAGAAACCACAUUGUGAAGAGUCAGCUGUCGUCGAGAGCUCUGUACCAUGGCCAGGAGCUGGAUACCCUGGGAGGCCUCAAACUCCGUGUAUUUGUCUACCGAAAUAACCUGUGCAUAGAAAACGCCUGCAUCGCCGCCCACGACAAGACCGGACGCUUCGCCACCAUGUUCACCAUGGACAAGGUCCUCACCCCACCCAUGGGAACCAUCAUGGACGUCCUGAAAGCAGACGACAGAUUCAGUAUCCUCGUGGGUGCCAUCCAGACCGCUGGUAUGACCGAGCUGAUGAACCAGCAGGGGGCGUUGACCGUCUUUGCACCAACCAACAAUGCCUUCAACCACAUUCCAAAGCCAGAGUUCAACAGACUCAUGCGUAAUCCCCAUGAACUAUCCAGUGUGUUGAAGUACCACAUGGGAAUAGGGAUGCUGGUCAGCGGAGGAGUCGGAUCUCACACCAGAGUUGCGCCUCUUCAGGGAGACAAGCUGGAACUGGGAACUCGUAACUACACAGUGUAUGUGAACAAGGUGCCGGUUUUGGAGGCGGACCUGAUGGCUACUAAUGGCGUUGUCCACGCUGUCGACGCCAUCAUCAAACCACUGCCCCCUAAAUUGGACCGGGAACAAGCUGACGGACCGGCCCCACAGUCUGACUCCAGGGUCUUCAGGAACGAGGAUCUCUUCCAGAAGGUCAUGAAGAGCCGCUCUACAAGGACGAUGACUCGCACUCAGUAGUCCCAAAGAAGAAGACGAUGAGGAAGAAGAGGAAGGAACCACCAACCACCCUGGCUCGCAGAACAACUGAAGGACGUUCCGUGUCCGUUUUGUGUUUUGUUUUUUUGUGUGUCUCUUUUCCAGCCCGGGUCCGUUCUUAUCUCCAAGUCUGAAAGGGUAAAUCAGGUGUAAUUCUGCAGGCUUCAAACAAGCCAGAAUGAGGCGAUGCGGUUAAGGAACAUUUUGUGUUGUUGUUUUUUUUUUGUUUUUUUGUUUUUGUGUGGAAAAAGUUGUACAAUUGCUUUCAUAUACCACAGCCAGCGUUUCUGUUUGCCGUCGGUUCGAGAAAACAGAACCAGCUCUGAUCCAGUGUAGCUUUCUGAACAUGAAUAUUUACGUGGGUUAAAUCUCAGAUGUCAUGUGAAGUACUCUUGUGAGAAACGUAUACUGUAUUGUGUUUUGAUACUCAUGUAGCAUGUUUGCAUGGUUUGAACCAAAGAAAACUUUCUGGCGAAUGAAAUUGAGGACAAAUUCACCUUUGCAAUGGGGUUAUCGCUCAUUUUUGUGGGUUUUUGUUUUUGUUUUGUUUGUUUUUUGUAAUAUUUUGUGGGGUUUUUUUUUUGUUUUUGUUUUUUUGUUUUUUAAAUAAAUCUGAUCAACUAGCUCC